UCGCUGGCUUCUCCGUCACCCUCAUUCCCCCAAACUGCGCACGCCCCCUCGACGACCUGCCCGUGAUAUCCCUUCUUCACCUGGACUCUGUGUUUGUUUUGAAUGUCGCUUUCGAUGUCGUGAGAUGGUUACAGUUGGUGGCGGUGGCGGUUAUCAGCAUUCCGCUCAGGUUCUCUCUACAAACGACGCGACGCAUCUCCAAUUACGGCCAACAGACGUGACUGAGUUCAAUCUGAGUUGAAUGUGAUUUGUCGACUGUCGCGAGCUCUUUCACCAUGGCGCAACUACCGCCUCAGUCGCAACACUAUGCCCCCUCCUACUCACCUCCGGGGCCAUCGCCGUCGCCAGGUGCUCCGUCGCCAGUCCCAAGCGGCGGGAUUCCUCCACCUCAGAAGCGACAACGUCUCUCUCCUCUUCCACAAUCCCAGUCGCCGUACGCCUCGCCCAGCUUCGGCACUCUUCAACUCCCACCCAACCAGUCUGCACCAUACAACGCCAAUAAUCUCAAUGGUGUCGCGCCUCCACCAUCUCCAGCCCCUCCUCCCUCAGGCACGAUGGGUCCUCCGUCGAGACCGGUUGAGAAAGCUACGGAUGCUGCUGAGUUGACUGACGUGCUGGCAUCAUCGGGAAUCGACGUACGCGAGGAAGAAGCUUUCCUAACUAGCAGCUAUUCUGGCCCGGGUGUCCAGGCCCAACAACCUCCUCGACCUCAACAGCCCCCCGCCCCGCAGCAACUUCACCAUCAACCACCGCCUCCACCCACCGCAGUCAAUACCUCAUUUACCUCUCAAGCUUCGACCGGCACUGCUCCUUCUACGCCCAGUUUUGGUGACAACUCAUACUAUAAACCACCUGCGACCCAGGAUUCCUUUCGCACGGAGCCCGCGUCACAGCCACCCGCUCCUUUCAAAGACCCCAAUGAACCAACCCGGGAGGAUAGUGAAGCGGCGAGACGUGCGCAGUAUCACCUCCAACACUCGUUUCUGUUGACCAAGGUUUUGGAGCAGAAGUUGCAGAAGCGAGGCUUUGAGCUGGGCGUUCGGAUCCCGGCGGAGGGUCUCUAUCACCCGGUACCCGGUCGUCAACAGCCUAUUGAAGUGACGGGACCCGAUGGUUCAUCUAUCAUCCGGUCUGGUCAGACGAUCUUGAAUCAGACGGGGGCUCCCCUGCUCGAUAUUCUGAGUCUCAUGUCGAUUGCCUGCGAGGAGCGUUUGCGCUCAGUUGUGGACUAUUCUUCUACACUGGCGAGAAGUCGCCGCGCACACUCCCACGGUGUGGUCCCCGCUGAUUGGAAGGAUCUGGCGUCUGCAGGUAGUGCGACGAAUGGUAGUGCGGAUAUUCCCAGCACGCCAGCCAAACGUCCCAACUCAGCAGCCGAACAGCCGGGUACGAGAUCUUUAUUAGACAAAUACCGCAUCAUUGCGGACAAGGACAACUCUAGUGAAGACGCCCGGGCGCGCAAACGGGCCAAACGAAGUGCAAGCGCCAUUCUUGGGGACGGAGUGACCAGCCGCGCCGAGAGUGUGGACGUUCCUGGCUCUGAGGCCUCAACACCGAUUGGGGAGAAAGCGCCCAGCCUGGACAGGAAGGGACUCACCAAAAAAGAAGCCAAGAAGCUUAUGGAUGCCAAAGCCAGCGAAGCCCAACAACACCAGCAAUCCGUGGAAACGGCACGAUUGGCGACCAACAGCAUGCUCUCGGGCCGUAUGUUCGGCGCGAAGAAGUCGUAUUCCUGGUUGAAUCGCGGACCGGCUGCAGGUAGUGGUUUCUCCACGCCAUCCCGCGUCAACACGGCCACGCCUACCGUCGGCAGCGAAAAGCCUGGUCGCUCGGGCGAGCCCGCACCGGCCCCCGCGAAGCGACUGGGCACCUGGCGGGAAGAUAAGGAGAAGGGCGCUGGGAUCCAGGUUCGGGAUAUUGUCUUCAUGCUUGAGCUUGACGGACGUGGGCCCCGCCAUGUGCAGAAAGCCUAUUCGAAGGAUGUGAAGGAGGACCGAGCAGAUUGAGGGGGCGGUUCCUUUGCCACUGCGCAGGAUCGUGGUUUAUCUGGCAAAGUGGGUAGACUCGGCGGCGUUGCCCAUGAUGUUUUCUUCCCUUGGAUGCAUGAGCGUUUGAGCUUUUCCUUUUUCUUGUGAGCAAAUGGGGUGAUGGAAUCAUUUCGUUCUUGCAGUUGAUAUCGUGACACUCUUACUACUACCCAUGUCUUUUCAAUUUGCUAUGGUUCUACGGCCUGCUAGCUUUCGGGGAAUAAGCGAGAAGAGGGACAGAAGUGAUAACUGAACUGUCAAAUGAGAAAAAAAG